AUGAUAAUCGUUGGCCUGGAAGAUGUUAGAAAACGGGAUGGUAUAUCGGAGGAGGAUACGAGUAGCGAGAUCACGGAUGUUGACGAGCAGUCCACAACAUUACGUACAAGCUCACAGGAACCAGGCAUCGAGCACGUUCAAAACAAGCCCAAUGCUUUGAUGUCACUAUUGAAUGGGAACCAGAGAGCGGUGAAGAUGAAGAGAGUGGGAGAAAUUGCAAGAUCGUGUGAGUCUACUGAUGGUGCUUCAUCAUCUACGGAGUCUCUCUCGAAAACCGUGUCUCCAAGUUGUGAAUCAGUACUGCUAAUGUCAAUUUUGAAUGGAAAUAAACAAAAACAAAUCCCAAAGGAAGAUGAUACAGUGGAGUCGACACCUCAGAAUACAAUAGAAGCACCACUGCUUCUACCUAUAACGCAGCCCGAUGCACUUGGAUCCACUCGAAAUCACUCCCACAUGCUAACGUCGUUGCUCAAUGGAAAUAAAAAGGUAAAAAUACUGAAACAAGUGGAGCAAGUGGAACAAGUGAGACCAAGUGCUCCAAAAAACGAUCAAAGCACGGAGACCUUGGAGGAAAAGGUCUACUCCAAAGUCAAAUCCACAUCGGUGAAGGCGUUAUUCUCGUCGUACAAGAAAACGUUCGACGGUAAUGUCAUCAUACGACUACCAUCAGAGCAAUUACUGAGGAUACAAAACUCUUCAAACGCACAGUCCAAAACUGGUACAGAUCACUCUUCGAAAGAUCUAGAGUCACGUAUUUUCCACAAUGCCAAACUGACCUCGGCUCGAGACUUGUUCAGUAGUCUCGGGGCUCAAAAUGAUAACGUCGAUGAGGUCAAAUCUUGUAUGGUCACAUUAAAGGUAGAUCCUAAAAAGUUGGCCAAAGUGAGCUAUUUUGUUACGAGGGGAAAUCAAGGUGGUGGAAAAUCCUGCAAGAAUUUGUUUAGUGAAAUGAUGACAGCGAGUCGUAACAUCAAGUUGAGUCCACUUCAGAAAGCUAAAGAAAUCAGCCCGCCAGUGAUGAACAAAACUGACUUUCAUGUGUUUGAGGGUGGCUCAAGAGACCAAAUAAAACCCAGAUUGCGGAAACCAGCACAUUUGGAAGACCAUUCUGGAUAUGUGCCUGUCCUGCCAGCAGCUGUUGCGAGUGAGACAUACUACUACGACACAAUACAGGUUAACAAAAAGGAGCAUGCUUUGAAAAAGUUGCCACGACUCCAAAAGACUGCUCCUCUCAAUGCCAUCUUUAAAAGACUUGGUAAUGAGACUGGAAAACAAUUGUGGGUUGACAAAUUUCGGCCCGAUUCUAUGCAAGAUCUACUAAUGCAUAGGCAAAACAUUGACCUUAUAUCGCAGUGGUUACGCAACUCAUUCGAAAAGCUCCGAGAGCAAGCUCCCUUGAGGAACUUAAAUCAAAGGUUGAAGAAAAAGCGGCUCGAUUCAUUCAUUGUCGAGGAAGAAGCUGGAGAGGAAAUUUCGCUGCCGUUUCUCAUAUUGCAAGGGUCAAGCGGUUCUGGCAAAUCCACAGCUGUUUAUACCUCAAUGAAAGAGAUGGAUGGAUACGUCCAUGAGAUCAAUAGCGGAAUGGCAAGGGGCCGCAAGGAUAUCUACAAUAGCUUGAAGGAGUUGUCGACUACUCAGCUUGUUCAUGACUCCAAAGACUCUAAACCAGGGUUGAUCUUCUUUGAGGAUGUUAAUAUCCUCUUUGAACAAGACAAGACAUUUUGGCUGGUGGUGCAGGAUAUUAUAAACGUUUCGAAACGGCCAAUCGUUAUCACAUGUGAAGAAUUGUGGAACAUUCCAAAAAACCUUCUUGAUUUUGCCCAGGAGGAUGAUUCAAUUGUUUUUAUUGAUGAUCGUAUAGUGUCGAGAAAGCUUGUUGUUGACUAUUUGUGGAUGUGCUGUUUGUCGGAGGGUUUUGAUGUUGAGGAUCAUAUUCUUGGCCAGAUUGUUGAUGAGAUGUGGAAUGGCCAUAAUUACGAUUUACGUGGGUGUAUAAUGAGUUGUGAGAUGUUGUGUAAGAAGAAGCUGGACAAUGUGGUGGUGAUUAGGACAAGAUAUGAGGGUGAAGCAUCCGUUGUGAGUGACUUGCAAGCAAAAGCAUUCAACUGCGAGUUGAACUCGUGUGGUGAUGUUUAUGAAAGCCGUUGUGAAUCUCAGAUCCCACAAGCUAGGACCGAGAAUGAAUUAUUCGAUAUAUAUUGCGUUGAUGACUCCUCUGGAGGGAGUUUACCGUUUGAAUUGAAUAUCGGGAGUGAACUACAACAGGUAUCAAAUUGUGAUGCAACGGUUCCAUCUCCAAAGUUUACAUUCAAUGACUUGCAAUACGAGUGUCAGCAAUUCAUUGGUUCCAGAAGUAAAAAAUUGUCAUCCUACUACUACCAAGACUUUGGGAAGAGAGCAACCCGCUCCAGCAGCGAUAUCGUGGAGCCUACAACAGGUAUACCCGAGACGUCAUUCAUCUACAAUAUUUCGCCAGCACCAUUUACACUCGAUCUAUUACCGUUUGCUAGAAUAUGGCAAGCUUUCCAAACACAACUUGAUAUAUUCGAAACCAAAACAUUGAACGAAGACAAACCGAGUUUGAAAAAGUUCCUACAAUACCGUGACUUCCAACACAAGUCAACACUAGCUGGAACAUUGAAAGUAGAGUAA